GCGGCAGUAUGAAGUAACUGUUGUUAAUGUCAGUGUAUCAGGGCUGUUAUGAGGAUGUACUCAGAUGGAGUAUAUAGUGAUUUCUUUAUCAGUCUGUAAACGAUGACUUGUCCUAAUAUACACAUAAAACACUGCAAAAAUGAGAAUUGUUCACAUUCACUGAAUUUAUUAGAUUGUAUCACUCAUGUCGAUAAAUUUCUGUAUCGUGAAGUUCAACUACAUGGUGAUAAUUUAUUACGAGGAUUAUCUACGUUAAUUCCUCGAGUAGAACACUUGAAUAGUAGAAAUGAAUUUCUGAGUAAAAUCAAGUCCAAGUUGCAGACAUCAAAUGAAAAUAAUUUUCAUGCAAGAUUACAAACUCAACCAUCAUCAGCAUUAUCAUUACCAUAUUCGACACUUUCAAAUUUAAAUUCACAAGAAUCUUUAAGAUUAUGUGUAACUCAGGAAAAUAAUAAUGAUGACAUGAAUCCAAGGUGUGUUAUUACACCUAUCGAUACAGUAUCAACAUGUAGUGAGGCUUUAAGACGUGACCUAAGUCAAAAUGCAUUCAAAUCAACUCCUAAUGAUACUCCUAUUAAUGGUGGUGAUGAUGAUGAUGAUGAUCAAGAAUGGAACAGAUCGUCUACACCUGAACCUGAUAAAGAUGAUACGAGUGAACCAAAAUCAGUAUUUGAGAUGAAUAGUCAAAAAUUGUGGACUGAAUGUUUGCAAGCAGUAGAGUCAGUGUAUUCAAUAGAAUGUCCUGAGGAAAUUGGAUCCCAACUACUUUCACUGUUCCAAACGAAUGAUCCCGAGUAACUUAUGUGUACAUAUACUAUUUUUUUAUUACUAAAAAAAAACAAAACAAUAAAACUACUUUGAAGGCAGCAGCCC